GAGUGGAAAAAUCAUAACUGUCAACAGAAUAAAAAGGACCACCAAAAAAUAGAUAUGGAAGGUAUAUUAAAGAAAAAAGUUUCGAUACUGAGAGGUUUUGAGGACAAAUGGUUUAAAUUAACGGAGGAUGGAUUUUUAGAAUACUAUGAGAUUAAACCUUCAACCAUAUCACAGGAUACAGAUGUCCCAGCGAACCAGAUACCAUGUUAUGUUAGUGGCUUCGGCAUGAAGGAAGGUGGAUUAUUUAAUAUGAGAUGGGAUAGGCGAUAUUUUGUGUUAUCUGACGUCGGAUUCCAGUAUUUUGCAUCAGAAACUGAAACAACUCCACAAAGAACGGUAUCAAUUGAUGAUAUUAAAGGUGUUGCUAAUGCUAAUGGGUAUCGGGGAAAGCAGUUAGUAUUUCAACUGGUGACUAAACACAGAACUUUCUACAUCGAGGUAGACACCCCAUCGGAUUUGGAGAAAUGGACAAAAGAGGUAUCGUGUUGUUUACAAAAGAGGGAACAACUCUGGUUGAACCCAGAUAUUCGUGUCAUGAAAGGAAAAAUUUAUAUAGUCUUAGCUAGUUUAGCACCUGAAAGAGAUGACUGUACAUUCCGAAUUAUAACGAACAGUGGGGAGACUCAUAUUCUUAGAAGUUGUCAGUUAAUGGAUAGACAAAAAUGGAUUGAUGCUAUAUUGAAAACACAAAAGAGUGUCAAUGAAGAUAUGGGACCAGUCGGUGUUAAACCGAAAGUAAGAGGAGAAUGGGCAUCAGACAAAACAGCUUUAACAAAAGAAUGUGCAAUUGAGAUUCGUCGUAAACUUUCCAGAUCAGUUGGAGACAAACCUGACGAUUUGACCAAUCAGACGAUGGAAGAAAUUGCUGAACCAGAGGAAACUAAUACAUAUACAAAACAAAACUGUUUGUGCGUUGCGGCUAUAGAUUUUGGAUCUUCGGACUCUGGUUGCGCUUUUUCUAUGCUUUCUGAUUAUAAAUUGAAUCCACUCAAUAUACACACGCAACAUUUAGACUUUAAGGGUUCCACUACAAGAAAGUCUCCAACCAUUGUCCUUAUGAACCCAGCUGGUCAGUUUGCAGCUUUUGGAGAAAUGGCUCGACAACAGUAUGAAGAACUUGCCUUCGAUGAAAAUGAAAAUGAAAAAGAAUGGUUCUAUUUUCGUCGAUUCAAAAUGCAGCUUUACACAAAGAAGGGUAUAGAUAAAGAUAUGAUGCUUGAAGAUAUUAAUGGACGAGAAAUGAAAGCAUCUGAUAUCUUUGCUUGUUGCAUUGAAUAUAUAAAGAAUAAAGUUUUCGUACGAGCUGAAGAGGCAGUGCGUGGGCUCACAGAAGAGCAGAUACAUUGGAUGAUAACAGUUCCUGCAAUUUGGAAUGAAUCGGCUCGGCAGUUUAUGAGAGAAGCAGCUACAAAGGCAGGCAUAAACCAAGAGCUCCUCACUCUUGUACUAGAACCAGAGGCAGCAGCUGUAUUCUGUAAAUAUGUAGAAGUAGAGAAGAGCGUAACAGGCGAAGAUGCAAACUUGGAAGUGUUUAAAUCGGGAUCUCAAUUCCUUGUCGUAGACCUUGGAGGUGGUACAGUAGAUAUAACAUGUAACGAAGUAACGGAAACAGGACAGCUCCAGGAGAUUUACCAUGCAUCCGGGGGUCCAUGGGGUGGAAACAUGAUCAACGAAAGAAUAUGGAAACUAAUCCGAUCUAUAUUUGGCAAUGCCUUAUUUGAUCAAUGUAUGAAGAAGUACACAUCUGCACAGUUGGAGCUCUUGAAGGCAAUAGAAGAAGGAAAAAUGAAAAUAAGCCCCGGUACAAAAGCUAUUUUCAAACUUCCGUAUGAUAUGAGUGAAAACACAAAUGUGACAUCUACAGCAGGACAAAUAUCAGGGGGGAAAGUUUAUAUCAAUCCCAAGGAUAUUUCGAUAGUAUUUGAAAGUUCGAUCAAGCAAGUGUGCACUCAUCUUUCAAAAGUUUUAGCAAGAGAUGAAACACGCAAUGUGAAAGCUCUGUUGCUUGUUGGUGGAUACGCUUCCUGUGAAAUGUUAAAGGAAACAAUCAAGACAACGUUUAAUAAAUAUGACAUUAUCUGUCCCUUUACACCUGAAAUUAUAGUUUUGAAAGGUGCCGUUAUAAUGGGCCAUGAGAGUCGACCUAUUAUUGGCCGCUUGGCCCGUUUUCAUUAUGGCUUGGCAGUACCUAAUGGAUUGAAAAUGAUUCAGAAGAUGGAAACACCUCCUGUGCGCACAGAAUUUUAUAACGAACUUCAUUUUCUUCCACUAAUAUGUAAAGGAACCCCAAUACUUAUAGGUGAAGAAGUAGCACAAUAUAGUUUCAGUGUUACAAGUGAAGAACUGACAGACUUUCAGAUUGGGAUUUUAACUUGCGAAGAUGAUGAAGCUCCGAGUACUAUUGCAGAAAACAACUGUACCCAAAUUGGAAAAAUUGAGGCUAAAAUUCCAGCACUUAGUCAAUUGACAGAAAUAAGUAUAAUUGUAUCAUGUGAUGAAACUGAGUUUAAGGUAACAGCUGUUAUCGAAAAACUUGGGCAUAGAUUUUCGGCACGUUGUUUAUUUUUGAAUUAAUUUUGAUAUACUGAACAUAUUGUGUUGAUAAAGGGAAUGUGUAGAAAUAAAAAGUUUUAUUUCACUAAAUAAAGCUUAUUUUUUUGUAAAAAAAAUUUCAGAUGUGUUGAGUAAAUACAUAUGUUGCAAUUACAUAAGAUAAAUUUUGGAUGAAAGGUUAUAAUUUCUGAUGCAUUUGUUGAUUCAAUUACCAAUAUAAAAUGUGCUUUACACAAAAGAGG